CUGCUGCUGAGGGACACGGAUGUCAAUAUGCAAAAAAAAUGAAAAUAGAAAUAAAAACAACAAAUAAAAAAAGAUGGGGAAAGAAAUGAAGAAGUAGAGGAAGCAAAAUAUGAAAAUUAAUUUAGAGAAGUAAACAUGUUGUGACGUGUUGAAUGACGGAUGAGAGCAGAUAUAGAAUAAUCACACAGUCUGAAUCUGCAGACAGAAACAUCAGACUGAGGACAGAAACACACCAGCUCUGAGAAAUGGCUCAGACUCUAUAUGUCCCUCUUCUCCUCAUUGCUCUCUGCUCCAUAUCUGAAUGUGUUCAGCGUCAGUAUCACUUUAUAAAAGAGAAGAAGAACUGGACUGAAGCUCAGAGAUACUGCAGAGAGAAAUACACAGAUCUGGCCACUGUUGACAAUACAAAUUACAUGAUCAAGAGUGAGAAAAAUGUACUUGUCUGGCAGAGGAUAAAAAGUUUCAACUAUAGAUUUAGGCAGAAAAUCUGGAUUGGUCUUCAGAGGAUGAGUGUUUAUAAAUGGCAUUGGUCAUCAGGUGAUCCUGUGCUCUUUCUGAACUGGGCAUCUGGACAACCGGUCAACAGUGAUAAUUGUGCUGUUGUAAGAAAUGGACAGUGGACUGUUUGGCCCUGUAAUGCCAUCUCAUCUUUCAUCUGCUCCACAAGCACAGGACUGGUGUUUGUCAAUCAGUCGAUGAACUGGAGAGCCGCUCAGAGUUACUGCAGACAGAAUCACAUUGAUCUGGUCAGUGUGAGGAACCAGAAUGAGAGUCAACAGCUGGAGAAUUUUAUUAAUGGCAGAAACUCAUCUGGAUCUGCAGUCUGGAUCGGUCUGUUCAGAGACACAUGGCAGUGGUCAGAUCAGAGCAACUCCUCAUUCAGAUACUGGGAUACUACUCAACCUGAUAAUUAUAAAGAUCAUGAAGACUGUACAGUGACCACUCAGAAAGGUCUGGGACAGUGGGCAGACUUCUCUUGUGAUAACCAGUUUCCUUUUGUGUGUCAUGAAGGUGAUUUCUGCUUUGUUUUGUGUCCAGAUAAACUGAUUGUGAUUCAGCAGAAGCUAUCAUGGUCUGAAGCUCUGAGAUACUGCAGACAGAAUCAUGUGGAUCUGGUCUCGGUUCAGUCAGUGGAGAUGCAGCGUCGUGUGAUGAACGUGGUUAAACUGGCGUCUACUGAGGCGGUGUGGUUGGGUUUACACAACUACUGCAGCAUGAACAUGUGGCUCUGGCUGAGUGGAGACAUGGUGUGCUAUCAGAACUGGGCUCCAGGGAACGGCAGCACACCGGAAAACUGCAAACUGGAGAACAGAAAAGGAGCAGUUCAGUCUGGAGGAGAUCAGACCUGGAUCAGCCUUCCUGAAUCUCACAGACUCAACUUCAUCUGCACUAACUACUGAGAGAAGAUGUGUCUGU